CUGCCAGACGAAACACGAAUGCGUGAUUCGGGUCACCAUUCCGCCGACCGAUUCUGUCCGUCCCACUCCACGCCACGUGCCUCUUCCUCCGUUCGCCGCUCCUCCCACCCUACGCGCGCAACCCGCACCCCCCCCCCCCUCCGCGAAUCCCUCCACCCGCCGCGGCGCCCGCCAUGUCGCGCCCCAACUCCGGCGACACCGUCCCGCUCCACCCCUCGUCGGCGCGGUCCGACAUGGACGAGAUUGAGGACCUCAUCCGCGCCGCGCCCUCCCUGGCCGCUGUCCUCCCCGCCGCGCGGCCUCCCUCCCCUCCCCGCGCCUCCAUUCCCAUCUCCUCCACCUCCCCCACCCCGGUGGCCCCUCCCGCCACAUCCAUCCUCCCGUUCUCCGCCUCGGGCUCCGUCGCCAUCCCCAUCGCCGCCGACGGGUUCAGCCCCGCGCCCAACACGCUCACCGAGCCCGUCUGGGACACCGUCAAGCGCGACCUCUCCCGCAUCGUCACCAACCUCAAGCUCGUCGUCUUCCCCAACCCCUUGCGCGAUGACCCCGGCAAGGCGCUGCGCGACUGGGACCUCUGGGGGCCCUUCUUCUUCAUCGUCUUACUGGGCCUCAUACUAUCCUGGUCAGCCACCGUCAAGAAGUCUGAAGUGUUUACUGUUGCCUUUGCUGUAUUAGCUGCUGGUGCUGUAGUUCUCACGCUCAAUGUUCAACUGCUGGGUGGGCACAUCAUCUUCUUCCAAAGCCUCAGUCUUCUUGGAUACUGCCUGGUCCCUCUGGAUGUUGGUGCUCUGAUUUGCAUUCUGAAGGACCAUGUCAUAUUAAAGGUAGUUGUGGUGACGGUAACAUUAGCAUGGAGCUCCUGGGCAGCUUAUCCAUUCAUGAGCGCUGCUGUUAACCCACGGAGAAAGGCCUUGGCGCUGUAUCCUGUGUUCCUCAUGUAUGUCUCGGUUGGGUGUCUCAUAAUUGCAUUAGAUUAAGGUUUGGGUGAUUGCUAUGGUACUAUCAGAAAUCCUGAGUUUUUUCCUCUAGCUGGACCAUCAGAAUGCAUAUAUCUUUUUAGUUGAAUGCAUACAAUUUUUAGUUGACAUUGUUAUUGUAGUCUUUUAUUGACUGCUUUGAUAUCUUACAUUCUUUUUUGUAAGAAAAAGUUGCUAGGCUUUAGAAUGCAGUCAAAAGUUAUAAAUGUUGUCUAGGUACCGUUCUGUUUUGCAUCCAUGUAGAUAAUUUGGAGUUGACUGCUGAGUGUACUUUGUUUUACAGUUUUGUUAGUGUGUGUGUGAGCCGUGUUCUCUCUGUGGUGCUACCAGGCAGGAUCAUGUAACGGUUU